CGUUCAUUUGGAUCCUUUGGUAACUCUGCAAACUACAAUGGACCAUCAAACAGGGGCUGACACUCCUAUGUGAGCUGCUGCCAGUCGAUCGUCGGUUGCUUCCAUUUGUUUUGUACCACAAAUUCAUAAUGGUGAUAACGAAGAACAGAACAAAGAUGGUAACGAUGACAGCAGUACCGGCAGCAGUAGCAGCAGUGACAACGAUGAUGGUGGUUCCAUUACGUUUCAGUGCUCCCGCAUACUGCAAUCUGAGAGCCUUGCCAAAAACGAUCCUACACGAACGGCUCGACAGCAAGCGGCCGCUACAUCACUGCUUAUGGGACGAUAUUUGGCAUCCUGCCAUGCUAAUGGGGACUGCAUCUUGUGGGAUUUGUCCAAGAGACAAGCAACUACUGCACAUUUCAUAAAUGAAAGAGGACCGGGAUGGUCCUUGCAGCGACUGGACGACAGUCAACGCUUUCUCUAUCAGACACGAGACUCAAGGGGGACCGUCUCUUGCAUCAUUGGGAAGGUGGAAAUAACGACAAUAAUAUUUCCACCACUCUAUCUUCCAUUCCAACCCAUUCACAAACUUUCUGUGCGGCGGCUCCCUGUCAUUCCAAUCCAAAUUUGGUCGCCUUGCCCUCUGCCGAUGAUGCCGUUGCCACCAUUCGAGAUUGGAGAAUCGAACCAACCGCAUCGCCCGUGGCAAUCUUUCCAGGAGCGGGACUUGUUCCCAAGGAGCAAAAUGAUGUCAUGGCGAUGGACUACGAAGGGUACUUUGCCAGCCGUCGUCGACAUGGAUGUUAUCCAGCCUCGCCUUUUCCGAGUCGACGAUCAUCUCAGCAGGUGGUAGCAGUCGACCCAUUGUGGCGUGUGGAAUGGAAUCUGGGACCGUGUUCUUUCAUGAUUUACGCAUGUUGAUGGAUCAUAAAGAAACAACAACCUCCCUUGCUACUGUCAGCAGCAUCAAGCUCUCCACUGAUCCAGUACUGGCAUUGGAUAUGGCGCCGUCUCAUGGUCCACAAGCAAAAGGAGUCGUGGCAAUUGCGGGCAUGGCAGGGGAAAGUAUGGGACAGCAAGAGCUACCGGAAGAAGAGCAAGGGACAGUGGCCAUUCUCAAAGCCACUAUUGGGUCUUCUGCUGGUGACAAAAACAACAACAAUAGUAUUCAAGUGCGUGUCCGAUCAAGGAUCCCUACAUGUCGUACAGGUAAACCCGGAAUCAACCGUCUUCGAUUUCAACCAGGUGGUGGACGACUGUUUGCCGUGGCAGGAUGGGAUCAACGGUUACGAAUCAUGGAUCGAGCUGCCAUCAACAGCCGUGGCAAGUCACAUCUCAAGGCCAUUUUACGAGGACAUGACGACAGUGUGUCCACAAUGGAUUGGGCACCCGACAGCAACCAGUCUGGAUUGUGUGCCACGGGAGCGGCCGAUGGGAAAAUUCACAUCUGGAGGUGUUUUUCAAAGGCAAAAGAAUAAUUUCAUAUGAUACUACUUUAGCCGUGUCUGCCGAAGUUACAAGUGGCACAACCAGGCAAUGUUUUCCCGUGCCUUGGUAGAGUAUGGACAAGCCUAUUGCAAUUCACUGGCAAUAAGACUAAGUAGAUAUGGCACAGCACAGUCACCAAGAAGCACUAGAUCCGAUACCCCUCACAGAGACCCUCUGGAUAAUCAACGUCAUCAAAGGCGUAUACUCGAAAGACAUAGUCAAUAGUCAUCAGCAAAGAAGAGACCAAAAUCACACCACCAAUGCAAAAGGCAAUGUAGGAGUUGCGUUCAAAGUUGCGUCCGUUGGCACUCUUGGCUUGACGAGCUUGACGCAUCACCUUGUUUCCAAACAGGGAAGCAAAGAAACCAACCACAAAGCAAACAAUGGCAUAGUCAUACAGAAUCAGGCCAAAGACCAGGUAGGAACUGGCAGAUGCAAAGCUGGUAAACAGAAUCAUGGCACUGGAAGUGGCACUCACAACUGCUGGAUGAACUCCCAUCGCAAGCAUGAGUGGGACUGUUACCAUGCCACCACCAAUACCGAAGAGCCCAGCGAAGGUCCCGGCACAGAUGAAGAGUGCUGGAUAUAUAAUGGCACUGCGAGCAUCCCAUUUGAUAUCUCCAUGAACAUAGUCAAAGCGCACAAUUUCCUUCAUCUCAUGGCGAUUGACAAGAUAUGUCUGGGCGGCCCAAGCUGAAGAUACCAGGAAUGCCACCAUGAUCACUUGAACGACCCAAAAGGCAACCGAACCACAGCGGAUACCCCAAGGGCUGGGAAAGGCCCCUCCUCCAAUCAUAAUAUUCAGAAACAUUAGAAUGGAAAACAUGAGACACAAAGCAAUGAUUUUGGAUCGGGGAGUAAACUUUUCCUCUUCCAACAAUCCUGAUCGGAGUGUGAUAAAAUCUGGAUUCAAAAUGAGAAUUUGUUGCCGUUCUUCCACGCCCAUUUUGCGUGGAGUGGAUCCUUCGGACUGUGUCUUUUGCAACUUCAAAUCAUCAUCUUCAAACGAUGUAUCAGGGUCAAUUGUCGUGACAUCAUGAUUCUCGCAGGUCAUGUUGCUAAAACAAUCGUCAUCUGUUAACAUUAGAUAGUACAUGGAACAAGAAGAGAUAAUGAAGACAACUCAAGUGUCAGAGCUGCCUACUCUAUAUAGGCAUAACGUAUUACUGAAAGCCAAGACUUUUUUCUCUUCUAAGUGGAGUGAUGAUUGACAUAGCAACAUCCACACUGCAGGAGCUUCCAGCCAGAUGGUGGUGGAUGAAGAAAAUUUCUCGGGCCUUAGGCAAUGGACACUUCGACCAUGUAGCAGAGCCUUACUAAAUGAGCGAACGUCUACGGGUACGAGACCCUUUAUUACACUUUCCUCAAGAUGGGGUAAAUAUGACUUAAUUAAAAGAAGAGGUAUUUGAGUCCAACCUAUCUCGCUCUAGAACGUUCCAUGGAAGCCCAGGCAUGUGGCUUCCUCUUGUAUACAUAUAGAAGUCCUGUACGGUACCCCAUUUUGGGGUCUUGUAAGCCUUAUCUGGCUACAUAUGGCAUGCUCCAGACGGUGUGUUGGUCCUCUCUUUGUCGAGCUGUAAUAGCGCCAUUAGCAUGAACAGGCGAAAGUCUAUAGAUCACCGAGGAAAAGUUUUUCCAAAAAGUGAGAAGGUUUAAAUAAAGAGGGACAACUCGCUACAUAGGAGGAGCACAGGCCAACUCGC